GAUGGCUGACAGCAUCCCCCUGAAUCCUGUUCGAAACAAUUUCAAGAAGCACCAUUAUUACAAUGCUGGCAGGUCUCUCAGGUACCAGGUUGAAGAUGAGCCCUCGAAUCUUGAUGAGAUGCCAUUGAUGAUGUCUGAGGAGGCUUUUGAGAAUGACGAGAGUGAUUACCACACCCUUCCCAGAGCCAGGAUCAGACAGGGACGCCACGGCCUGGGCUGGUUCCUCUGUGGAGGCUGGAAGGUGUUAUGCGGAAGCUGCUGCGAGUAUCUGGCUCACGUGUGCCGGAGGAAGAAGGAGCUGAAGGCUCGAACCGUCUGGCUCGGCCACCCUGAAAAAUGUGAGGAGAAGUACCCCAAAAACGCCAUCAAAAACCAGAAAUACAACAUCCUCACCUUUGUGCCAGGGGUUUUAUACCAGCAGUUCAAGUUUUUCCUCAACUUGUAUUUCUUGGUGGUGGCUUGCUCCCAGUUCGUGCCAUCUCUGAAAAUCGGGUAUCUCUACACUUACUGGGCGCCGCUGGCUUUUGUGUUGUCCGUCACCAUGGUGAGAGAGGCCGUGGACGAGGUCCGCCGCUUCAGGAGGGACAAAGAGAUGAAUUCUCAGAUGUACAGCAAGCUCACAGUCCGAGGGAAAGUCCAAGUGAAGAGUUCAGACAUACAAGUUGGAGACCUCAUCAUCAUUGAAAAGAAUCAGAGAGUUCCAGCUGACAUGAUCUUUCUAAGAACUACAGAAAAGUCUGGAGCGUGUUUUAUCCGAACGGACCAGCUCGAUGGAGAAACGGACUGGAAACUGAAGGUCGCUGUUGCCUGCACUCAGAGGCUGCCUGCGCUGGGGGAUUUGUUCUCCAUCACUGCAUACGUCUAUGCUCAGAAGCCUCAGCUGGACAUACACAGUUUUGAAGGGAAUUUUACUCGGGAGGACUGUGACCCUCCUGUCCAUGAGAGCCUAAGCAUUGAGAAUACCCUUUGGGCCAGUACCGUGGUCGCAUCUGGUACGGUAAUAGGUGUCGUCAUUUACACUGGGAAGGAGAUGAGGAGUGUUUUGAACACAUCUCAGUCAAAGAAUAAGGUGGGUCUGUUAGACCUGGAGUUAAAUCGGCUAACCAAGGCUCUGUUCCUGGCCCAGCUGGUGCUAUCGAUCGUCAUGGUGGCUCUGCAGGGUUUCAUCGGGCCCUGGUUCCGCAACCUGUUCCGCUUCGUAGUGCUCUUCUCCUACAUCAUCCCCAUCAGUCUGAGGGUGAAUCUCGACAUGGGGAAGUCGGCGUAUGGCUGGAUGAUAAUGAAGGAUGAGAAUAUCCCUGGCACUGUGGUGAGAACCAGCACUAUCCCUGAAGAGCUUGGCCGCCUCGUCUACCUGCUCACUGACAAGACAGGCACCCUCACUCAGAACGAGAUGGUGUUUAAGCGACUCCAUCUUGGCACCGUGUCCUAUGGAAUGGACACCAUGGACGAGAUCCAGAGCCACAUUAUACAGUCCUAUGCUCAGGUGAGCUCAACUGCGUCUAACGGCAACAGUGCCAGCUCUACGCCGUCCCGUAAGGCACCGCCAUCCGGGCCCAAGGUGCGCAAGAGCGUGAGCAGUCGCAUCAACGAGGCUGUGAAGGCCAUUGCACUGUGCCACAAUGUUACACCUGUCUACGAGUCCCGAGCUAACGGUGCCAGCGCUGAGUCCGAGGGCACAGAGGCUGACCAGGACUUCAGCGACGCCAACCGAACAUAUCAGGCCUCCAGCCCAGAUGAGGUGGCCCUGGUGCAUUGGACGGAGAGUGUGGGCCUGACCCUGGUGAACAGAGACCUGAACUCGCUACAACUGAAGACUCCAGCAGGCCAAAUCCUGACUUUCUGCAUCCUGCAGGUCUUCCCCUUCACCUCCGAGAGCAAGCGCAUGGGCAUCAUUGUCCGGGAGGAGGCCACUGGGGAGAUCACGUUUUACAUGAAGGGGGCGGACGUUGCCAUGGCCAGCAUUGUGCAAUAUAACGACUGGCUUGAGGAAGAGUGCGGAAACAUGGCCAGAGAAGGACUUCGGACGUUGGUGGUUGCAAAGAAGUCUCUGUCUGAGGAGCAGUACCAGGACUUUGAGAAUCGUUAUAACCAGGCGAAGCUGAGUCUGCAUGAUCGUGCUCUGAAAGUUGCAGCAGUGGUUGAAAGUUUGGAGAGGGAGAUGGAGCUGCUGUGUGUGACCGGAGUAGAGGAUCAGCUGCAGGCUGACGUCAGACCCACGCUGGAGCUCCUCCGCAACGCUGGCAUCAAGAUCUGGAUGUUGACCGGAGACAAGCUAGAGACGGCUACGUGCAUCGCCAAAAGCUCUCAUCUGGUGUCCAGAAACCAAGAUAUACACGUCUUCAGGCCGGUGUCUAAUCGAGGCGAGGCCCACCUGGAGCUCAACGCUUUCAGGAGGAAACACGACUGCGCUCUGGUGAUCUCAGGAGACUCUCUGGAGGUGUGUCUGCGUUACUAUGAGCACGAGUUUGUGGAGCUGGCGUGUCAGUGUCCGGCCGUGGUGUGCUGCCGCUGUUCUCCCACACAGAAGGCCCAGAUUGUCAGACUGCUUCAGCAGCACACAGCCAACAGAACCUGCGCUAUCGGUGAUGGAGGAAAUGAUGUCAGUAUGAUCCAGGCUGCAGAUUGUGGUAUCGGCAUCGAAGGAAAGGAGGGCAAGCAGGCAUCUCUGGCUGCAGAUUUCUCCAUAACACAGUUUAAACACAUCGGACGGCUGCUGGUGGUGCACGGCCGCAACAGCUACAAACGCUCCGCCGCCCUCGGCCAGUUCGUCAUGCACCGCGGCAUGAUCAUCUCAACCAUGCAGGCCGUGUUUUCCUCCAUUUUCUACUUUGCGUCUGUUCCUCUGUACCAGGGCUUCCUCAUGGUCGGCUAUGCCACCAUCUACACCAUGUUCCCAGUGUUCUCUCUUGUGCUCGAUCAGGACGUGAAGCCGGAAGUGGCACUGCUUUAUCCAGAGCUGUAUAAAGACCUUACCAAGGGACGCUCCUUGUCAUUUAAAACCUUCCUUAUUUGGGUCUUGAUAAGUGUGUAUCAAGGGGGCAUCCUGAUGUAUGGCGCCCUACUGUUAUUCGAUCAGGAGUUUGUCCAUGUUGUGGCCAUCUCAUUCACGGCUCUGAUUGUUACCGAGCUGCUGAUGGUGGCUCUGACCGUUCGAACCUGGCACUGGCUCAUGGUGGUGGCAGAGUUCUUCAGCCUCGGCUGCUACCUCGCCUCGCUCGCCUUUCUAAACGAGUACUUUGAUCUGUCGUUCAUCACGACGAAGACGUUCUUGUGGAAGGUGUGUGUGAUCACGCUGGUCAGCUGCCUGCCUCUGUACAUCAUCAAGUACCUGAAGCGCAAGUUUUCGCCGCCCAGUUACUCCAAGCUGUCCUCCUGAGCUGACCCACUCUCACACAGGCACAGCAUCAGAGCGUAUAAACACACACACACACACACACACACACACACACCAGCAACUUAAUAGACACUAGUGACGGUAGCUGUCCAGGAGCUUUAUGAAGCUGGUGUUUCUGGUUGAAGUGUCUAAUACUCUAUGCCUCAUGCUGUGGAGUAUUACUCUACCCAGCUUUUCUUUUUUUUUUUGCCGGGUUAUCGAUGGACCACAAGCGUAUACACUCGGCACAACAGGAGAUGUACUGUGAAUGCUUGGGAGGGGAAAAAAGAAGCAAAAUGAAGCACAAGGAGUGAAUGAAAUCCCAGUGAUGGAAUUAGAAAAAUGGAAAUUCAUUAGAUGCCUGCUUUAUUUGAGUGCAUUUCAAUCUAACCUGUGAUUGUUUACUUUCCAGGGCUGUUCGGAGAUUUAUAGACUGGUACCAAAAUCCAGAAUCGUGACACCCAAAGGCAUUUUUGAGACAAA